UUGCUUUGCCUUGGGAAUCUGUCUCGAAAACUCAGUGAGUCUCAGUCACCCGCUCGCUCUGUCUCACUCGGUCUCUCGUAACAGUUUCCACGAACUGACGAUACACGACACAUGAGAGCAAACGAAUAAUUCGUGAGAGAGAAGAAAAAAUUUAUUAAACUGGCAGUCAGCGGCGAGUCUGAGCGACCGAGAGAGAAAGAAAGAGUCGAAGAAGAAGUAGAAGAGUAUAAUACGAAGUAGCGCAGAACGAAAACGCCACACAAAUGAUGUUCGGGUCGCGUUUGCGCCGCGAGUGUUAAAAUCACCAAUAAUGUCAAUACUCAUAAGGUGUAAUUUUUAAAAAAAAGAUACGCGAUGCCUUGAAAUAGCCUUGACAAUUGUGAACAGGUGACUAGUGUGUGUUGUGAGCUAGCUAAAUCAGUGAGAAUAAUAACAAUACAAUACUGGAGGCGAGAAAGGAAGUUGUCGACAGUGUAGCCUUUGGAUUAUGAAAAAGUCGAAUAAAUAUCGAACGGGUGUGGGUAACAUUUCGUCAGUGUGCCUGUCCGAGGCUAAAUCGGACAGGGCCGAGCCUCAGGACAGUCUUGGUAAUUUUUACAUGAAAGAGCAAGACAUACCUGAAUAUCUAGAGGGCUGUGGUCUAACGACUUGCUCUGCCGGCAACGACAUGCCUGAAGCCGUUGAGGAUCUUCCCAAAGAGCACCACAAGGAGAAAAAACUGUCAACCGCGUCAAUAGCCAGCGGGGGCGAUACCAAGAAGACAGUAACUGUUAAACACCCCGAGUCAAACAAGCCAAAACCUACGGCCAAAAAAUGUAAGCCCAUCCAAGCGGACCUUGAUGUUGCCAAGGAGUUUAUCCGGUGUCGCGAUGAGUGUCUCACAAGGCUGGACCUCAGCAAGUCAAGCAUCACCAACUUGCCGAGCUCCGUCAGAGAUUUGUCGCACUUGCAAGAGUUUUAUCUCUACGGUAACAAGCUCGUGACACUACCGCCAGAAAUAGGAUGCCUGACGAGUCUGAGGAUUCUAGCCUUGAAUGAAAAUUCUCUCACCAGCCUGCCAGAUACUCUUGAGAAUUUAAAAUCACUUAAGGUACUCGAUUUACGGCAUAAUAAAUUAAGUGAAAUUCCUGAGGUUGUUUACAAGUUGACGUCACUCACCACGCUCUUUUUACGCUUCAAUCGGGUGCGUUACGUCAGUGAUAAUAUAAGAAAUUUAACUAACCUGACGAUGCUCAGUUUGCGUGAGAAUAAAAUAAAAUCAUUGCCCGCGGGAAUCGGUAAGCUCGUUAAUUUGAUAACCUUCGACGUGUCUCACAAUCACUUGGAGCACUUGCCAGAAGAAAUCGGAAACUGCGUUCAGUUGUCAACUCUGGAUCUUCAGCACAAUGAGCUGCUGGAUAUUCCAGAGACUAUUGGAAAUUUAGUAGCUGUUACGAGAUUGGGACUGAGAUAUAACCGUCUCUCGAGUAUACCUAAAUCGCUUGCGAAUUGCCGGCUGAUGGACGAGUUCAGCGUUGAGGGAAAUCAAGUAUCUCAUCUGCCAGACGGGCUGCUUUCAAGUUUGUCUGAACUAAUUACAAUAACCUUAUCACGUAAUUGUUUUUCAGCAUAUCCCUCGGGUGGUCCGUCCCAGUUCACAAAUGUCGAUUCAUUAAACAUGGAGCACAAUCAGAUAGAUAAAAUUCCCUACGGGAUAUUUUCACGUGCUAAAAAUCUCACCAAGCUCAAUAUGAAAGAAAAUCAAUUGACGUCUUUGCCAUUGGAUAUUGGCACAUGGGUAAAUAUGGUAGAACUUAAUCUUGGUACAAAUCAGCUGACUAAAAUUCCAGAUGACAUUCAGUGCCUACAGAAUCUUGAGAUUCUUACUCUGUCCAACAACCUGUUGAAGCGCAUACCAGCGAGUAUCGGUAAUUUGCGUAAACUACGAGUGUUGGACCUUGAGGAAAAUAAAAUAGAGUGUCUGCCCAAUGAAAUAGGAUUUUUACGUGAUCUUCAGAAGCUGAUACUCCAAUCAAACCAAGUUACAUCGUUACCACGUGCCAUUGGACACCUUCUUAAUUUGACUUAUCUGAGUGUGGGUGAAAAUAAUCUUAAUUAUUUACCAGAAGAAAUAGGAACUCUGGAAAAUCUUGACUCGCUUUACGUUAAUGACAAUGCUAAUCUUCACAACUUGCCGUUUGAGUUGGCGCUCUGUACAAAUCUCAGUAUUAUGUCUAUUGAAAAUUGCCCAUUGUCGAAAAUUCCCGCAGAAAUAGUUGCUGGUGGUCCGUCCUUUGUUAUCCAGUUUCUGAAGAUGCAAGGACCGUACAGGUCAAUGUAAUAAAUCGAUGACUUCGAGGAACGCGAGACACGAACAUGUAGCAAUUGCAUUAUCAGCAGGUGUGCCAGGAUUUGUCAUCACGUGUGGCUUGUUUUGGCGAGAAAACAUCAAGGCAGACGCAACAAAACUGCUGUAGCUGUAGCUGGUGUAUCAAGCAUGGAUUUGUAACUAGCUUCCUCGAAGCCUCUCAAAUUAACCACCAAUAGUCUUAGACUGUUAUUUUAAAAUUUUAUUAUUGAAAUUACCAAUAAUGAGCAUUUACCUGCAUCAACAGUCCUCCAUCUAUAACAAGUCUAUAAAAAAGUGGCUGAUGAUUAAAAUACUUCUCUCUCCUGUGGUGCCAAGUUGUCAUGUUAUUUAUUGUGAUCUGAAGAAAUGUUAAAUUUAUAAUUAUCAAGUUAAUCUAAUAACUAAUAAUGUAUUGAUAUAAAUAUAUUUAAAUAUAUUUAUAUUAAUUAAUUAAUUGAUUCAUCGAGCCAUCAGCACCGUCCUGCGUAUGACGCAGUCUAGUUUAAAACCUCACCAAUCAUUGUCUCUGUCUAUUUAAAAGUUAAUUGAUUACAUUUACUAAAGAUCUAAUCUCUCAGAGACUGUAUCAUCAUUAUUUCAGUAAAGUAAUUUAAGACGUCACUGUAUAAGCUUCAGAAUAAUAAUCGUUAUUUUUUCGACAGUGGAUUUAUUUUAAAAUAAAUUCUCGGUUAUAAAAACAAGUUAUUUAUUGAGAUAACUCAUGGAUAAACUUGUUCACUGAAUCUGUCGCGAAAAUAUUAAAAGUUUAACUGUAAUAAUGUCGUCGAAAAAAAAAUAUUAAAAAAAAAACAUAAUGAAAUAGGAGAAAAAAUCUGUUUUAGACGCAGUUCGACGAGCAACGAGGGCGUUUGAUCGCUAUGUCCCUUAACUUCUUAUGCUUCUUACUCUUCUUCCGACAAUGAAAUUUUAUAUCAUUUUGUUGUCUUUGUUCUUUCAUUAUUAUCUUUUUUUGUUGGGACACUCUGUUACCCUCCACUUGUCUGUGUGUAUUAUUGUAUCGGGUUGCGUAUUUUAUUUUCUCGGGCUCGUCGCGUCUCUCUUGUCUCUCACACUCUCGUCACAAUGCGGGAAUAUGAGUUAAUA